AUGGUCACCGCUGGAUUAGCCGCCUUCUACGUCUCCAACCGUCUCGACUUCGUCGCCCGGAUUUUGUUCCUCGAGCCAAACUCGGGAGCGGAACCGUCCGAGUUCCCAGUUGGCCAGUUUCCUAUCGCCCGGGCCGCCGCCGCGGCCGCCGCCGCCAUUCCCAUCUACAGCACCCGGUUACUCGACUCGCCCGUGGCUGCCUUCUGUGCGAGCUCACUGAUGGAGUUACGGUCCGGCCGUCGACUCAUCCCACCAUCGCGGCACGGAGCACGCCGUCGCUCUUUAGCGGACGGCGACGGCGUGGAUCGGAUCAGUUCCCUUCCCGAUGACUUGCUCCUCCAGAUCCUCGGCCGCCUCCGUUGCGCCCGCGACGCCGCCCGCACUAGCUUCCUCUCCCGGCGUUGGCGCGGCCUGUGGAGGUGCCUACCGGAGCUCCACUUCCGCGAGAUCGGGGCAGGCGCUCUCGGCGCCGCGCUCGGCCAGGCCGGGCGCCCCGCUCUGUCCUUCCUCGAAAUAGACAUACCCGAAAAACACAGGAUCACGGACCCUGCGCGCGUCUCCGCACUGCUCCGUGCCGCCGCGCGGCUCGCGCCGGCGAAUCUCGUCCUCACCGACAAAGAUCGAUCCGUCCCCUGCUUCGACCGCGCAAUCUCGAUGAAGCUGACCGUGCACAACCUCCAGCUGACACCGCCGGCGCAGGGCGCCGUGUUCCCGGUGCUGGAGCGGCUGACCAUGUCGCGCUGCCACUUGAACACGGAUGCGCUGGUCAGGCGGUGCCCUCGCCUGCGCGUCCUAGAGUUGCUCCAGUGCGCCAUCGGCACGAUCAAGGUUCACUCGCCAACGAUCGAGGAGCUUGUGGUGAAGCAGAGCUUUUAUACGCAGUGCAUUCACAUAAUGGCUCCCGUGCUUAAGCGGCUGACAAUGGAUAUCCAAGUGUGGUUCUUCUUCACCUUGUCGUGCUUCUCGGCGCCGAUGGUGGAAGAUGUCUUGUGGGAGUGCCGUAGUUCCUACCAAAAUAUUGGGGUUGGCGAGUGGUGGCGUCUGCAAAGACUCAAACUAUUGACAGAGAAUAGUGCCCGCACCCUACGGCUGUUCAUAGACGCUAAGAUGCUUCGGCAUACGAAGCAUAUGCCGCCCGCGGAGCGAAACUUUAAUCAACAUAUAGGACCGCUCCCCGCCUUUUCUGUUCUGGAGCUAUAUUUACUCAACGGAGAACAUGUUUUUGGAGCAGCAGUGUUGAACCUACUUGAAAUUCGUUCCACUAUAAGAAGGCUUAAGGUGGUCAUUCGACAUCAUGCGGACGAAGAAUCAUGUCCACCAGAAUGUGCUUGUGAUCUACCACGAAACUGGAGAAGUCAGAGCGUCUCCUUGGUGGCUCUUGAACAAGUGGAAAUAAAUGGUUUCAAUGGAAAUGACCACGAAAUUGAUUUCUUGAAACUUCUGUUCCGAUGCGCAACUCAGAUGAAGACAAUGACGGUGCAACUUUCCACCAAUAUUUUGGGAAGUAACAGAGAAUGGGCGGAAAUAUACAACAUCUUUAAGGAAAAUCCUUCUGUCGAAUGUUUUGUUACUGUAGCAGCAAGCAGCAAGCAGCUUCUGUUCUAGAUGAUGACUCUAUGCUUCUUGGCGCGACAAGAGUCUAUAUGUAAAAAAGAUAGUCUCUAUUUAGUCAAAACCUCUGUCCCGAAUGCCUCCAUUUGUACA